CAGCAACACUUUUGCGGUUAAAUAGCCUCUCUUUUCCGUUAAAGUUGUUAGUAACAGACAGCAUCAUCUCCCCAAUUCCUUGUCCAACUAUUAUGUAAUCUGCUUUUUGUUUCAAUCAUUUCUUCGUAUUCCUUCAACACCCAUCAGAUUAAUGGCAAAAGCUAUCCUCUUGAGCAACAAAUGGUACGGACAUGAGCAAUUCUGGGUCACACGUUCUUACCCCACAAUACAGAAAUUCAGCCACGGGAAAAUGGAUCUCAAGGUGAAGGCAGCAACUUCCUUGAAUUCAAAUGCCAAAAAGAAGGCAAAUUUGUUUGCUGAAAAAAAGGAGAGAAUCCGGCUGCCAACAUAUAAUGAUGAUCUUGGAGGCAAGAAAUAUCACAUCAGUGAAUUUCUGAGCCAACCUAGCGGAAUUGCAGCCGUGUUGAAUACGAAGGCCUUGCAAUCAUUUGAAUCUCUUGAUGCUAACACAUACAGGUGUGAACUGCCUAAACUUCAAUUUUUAAACUUUGAAGCUGCGCCAUUGUUGGAUCUGCGGGUUACCUCAACAGAUGAAGAUUGCUUGGUUGAGAUGCUUUCUUGUAAGUUUGAGGGUUCAGAAGUUGUGAAAGAGCAAAACGACCACUUUUCAGCAUUCAUGAGAAACCAAAUGACUUGGGGUGGUGCUGGUGCUGAAUCAUUUUUAGAAGUUGAUGUUAAGUUGAAUCUCACACUUGAGAUCUACACACAACCAUUUACCAUGAUGCCUACUUCAGCCGUUGAGGGUCCUGGAAAUAUAAUGAUGCAAGCUUUGGUGGACAAGCUGGUGCCACUGCUACUUCAGCAGAUGCUGCAAGAUUAUGAUGAAUGGGUUAGAAAGCAAUCAUAUUCCUUAAAGUCAUUCUAGGUACGUAAAAGCCACUUGUACAAACUUUUUGGGUAGAGACAACAGAGGAGGGAGAACCUUUGAUGUUUAGGGAAAAGGAGAGAAAAAUGAAUGGUGAAAAAUUGAUUUCUGAAAGACUUCUGUUGAAAUCUGUGUCCAUGUAAACAUUACUCUUCUGGUUGAUAUUUAGUAACAAGUGUCUCUUUCUGUCUUCUA